CCAGAGCCAGUGGCUAAAACCCAUCCUGUGCCUGCUUGCCCUGAGGCUGUAGGGUUCCUCCCUUCUGUGCCAGACAGCGAGGACAGAUAGUGCGGGCCGCUGGGGAAGGCAGCGCUGCUAUCAGCCGGGCCAGGCGAGGCCAGGCCGGCCAUGGCCUCGGGGGCGCCGGGGGAGCGGCUGCGCGAGGAGGCCAGGUGCCCCGUGUGCCUGGAUUUCCUGCAGGACCCGGUCAGCGUGGCGUGCGGCCACAGCUUCUGCCUCGGGUGCAUCUCAGAGUUCUGCGAGAAGUCCGACAGCGCGCAGGGGGGCCUCUAUGCCUGUCCGCAGUGCCGGGGCCCCUUUGGGCUGGAGAGCUUUCGGCCCAAUCGGCAGCUGGCCAGCCUGGUGGACAGCGUGCGGCAGCUGGGGCUGGGCCCGGGGCGCAUGGGGAUGCGCCAGUGCGCGCGGCACGGCGAGGAGAUGAGCCUCUUCUGCGAGGAGGACCAGGAGGCGCUGUGCUGGGUCUGUGACACCACCCCGGAACACAGGAGCCACCACACGGCGCCGCUCCAGGAGGCAGCAAGGUGUUACCAGGCAAAGCUCCAGAUGGCCCUGGAACUUGUAAGGAAGGAGAUAGAGGAGACCUUCACUCAGGAGGCCAACGUAGGGAAGAAAAUUGUCAUUUGGAAGGAGAAAGUGGAAAUGCAGAGGCAGCGCUUCAGGCUGGAGUUUGAGAAGUAUCGUGGGUUCCUGGCCCUAGAUGAGCAGCUACAGCUGAGGCGGCUGGAGGAGGAGGAGCGAGCCACCCUGCAGAGACUCCGGGAGAGCAAGAACCGGCUGGUGCAGCAGAGCAGGGCUCUGAGGGAGCUGGCCGAGGAGCUGGAGGAGAGGUGCCAGCGCCCAGCGCUGGGUCUGCUGGAGGGUGUGAGAGGAGCCUUGAGCCGAAGUAAGGAUGUCACACAGCUGGAACCGGAGACCAUCCCCAUGGAGCUGAGGACAAUGUGUCGCAUCCCUGGGAUGAGGGAAAUGUUGAGAAAGUUCCAAGUUGAUGUAAAGCUGGACCCUGUCACAGCGCACCCUAGCCUCCUCUUGACGGCUGAUCUACGCAGUGUGCAGGAUGGAGAGCUGUGGAGGGAUCUCCCCAACAAUCCCGAGCGAUUUGACACAUGGCCCUGUAUCCUGGGUUUGCAGAACUUCUCCUCAGGGAGGCAUUACUGGGAAGUCAUAGUGGGAGAAAGAGCAGAGUGGGGCUUAGGUGUCUGUCAAGAGACAGUGCCAAGGAAAGGGGAGACCACACCCUCUCCUGAGAACGGAGUCUGGGCCAUGUGGCUGCUGAAAGGGAAUGAGUACAUGGUCCUUGCCUCCCCAUCAGUGCCUCUCCUCCACCUGGAACGGCCUCAUUGCAUUGGGAUUUUUUUGGACUAUGAAGCAGGUGAAAUCUCCUUCUACAAUGUAACAAACGGGUCUUACAUCUAUACAUUCAAUCAACUGUUCUCUGGUAUUCUUCGACCUUAUUUUUUCAUCUGUGACACGAUUCCUCUUAUCUUGCCAUCUGUGACAGAUGUGGAGUCAGAAAAUUGGGCAUCCAGGGGUCAUCUUGACUCUGCUUCUAAUGUGAGACACGAUCAUUCCUAAAAUUCUGUUCCUGAGAAUUUUAUGCCUAGCAAAGAUUCCUGGGGUGGAAUGAGGAUGCAAACAUGCUGAGCCCCAACAAAUGCCUCCAUUCAGAUCAGCACUUUAAUCCUUCUUGCUAUGGACAUUUUUACAUCAGGACAAAACAGAAAAUAUUAAAUAUUUACAUUUGGAGGAGAAUUAUAGGGCAUAUAUAUAUAUAUAAAUUUAACCAAAUGGUGCUGCACAUUUUCUUGAUGAGGCUUUGUCCAAGUCAAUGGACCUUUUGUUAAGGAUUUCUAUACAUUCAUUAUAAUUUCUCAUUCUUUUUGAUCUCCUUUCGUUCCAACUCAUAUUAAGAAUAAGAAAUGAGUUUUUUGUUGUUGUUGUUUUUGUUUUUUUUUUACAAAUGGCAAGUCUUAAAUUGGUGAACAGUCUGAUAUCACUCCAGCAUUAAUCAGACACAUACUUUUGUUUCUCUUCCUCUCUCAUUCUGUCUCUCUCUGUCUGCCUCUGUUUCUUUCUUACUCAUGACUUUAUUUUUUGCUUUAUACCUAUUAUUGAUAACAUUCCAUUUCCUUCUAGAUUAACAAAUUCAGAACGAUUUCUUUUUACAUUCAAUUUUCCUAUGACUAUAUUCAUUUACUUUCAGAAUCCUCUUUAUACUGGACUAAUUUCUAAGGAUUAUGAAAUCAAUUCCUCUGAUUCUAAUAUAACUGAUUGACUCCAGACACAUCUAGGACUGCAACUUUUUCCUUUAUUUUUAGAGACUUUUUUUUAGAGUAGAAAUUACUCAGAAUUCUGAUUCAACUAGUUCUUUGACUUAGCCAUUUGCCAGUGGCAAGACCUCAAACAAAUAAACCCUUUGUCUUUAGAUCUCACCAACUUAAUAUGGUUCCUAUAAGUGAAAUAACGAUAUGGACCUUACAAUGCUAUGACAAAUAUUUAAGAUCAUGAUUGAUAUGAUCGGUUUUAAUUAAACUUUUCUACUUAAAUACAAUAUAAAGAUGAUGAUGAUGAUGAACUGAUAAUGAUAUUUGACUUAUUUUUAAAGUGUACUCUGUAACUUCCUAAAAAAAUUCUUAAGUCCUUGAAGGCUAACUUUGCUGCUACGUUUCUCUAUAUCUGUGUCUAAUAAAUAAUUGCCAGACAAAUGCUAAAGUGCUUAAAUGCUAAAUAUUUAAAUACCAUACAAUUAUUAGUUAAUGGGAACUUUAGUUAACAUUACUUUAAUAAUAAUCUGCCAACACUUUAAUCCUCCACUUUAACUCUACCUUGAAUUUAACGUAUUUUUCUCUUCCUGAAAGAUCUCUUUGACUAAAAUCUUUCACAUACUUUCCAAUAACAUAGUUAACAUAGUUUUCUUUCUAGAGUUUUUCAACAUUUUUCUUUCCAGGCUUUUUACAUUUGGAGGACUAUCAUGAAGUAUAAUAAUUUUAGCAAUGUAACAAUCUCAUAAACUGUAUUUCCAGAUGGCUCUAUAUACUUUAUUGAUGAGCCCUUGUAUUAAAGAUUUCUGUACAUUCAUGUGUGAUACAUUUUUGUUUGAUCAUAAGCAAACAAGUCCUCUUUCCAUCUCUCCUUUCCAAAUGGAGGUAAUAAUGUAUUCUUAUAUGCCUCUUGUUGAUAUUUUAUAGACCACACAUACCCGAGGCCUCUUCCUUGCAUGGUCUGAGUAGAGAAGAGGCUCAUGCCCUGGAUUACCAUUCAUCUUCCCCAUCAUUGGGGAUUAAGUGAGCUGGCAAUGUAGUAUAUACCUAUUCAUGUCACUGUAAGGCCAGGGAUCCAUGACAGGAGACCAUAUGGAGAACAUACACUCACAGCAGUAGAGACCCUUCCCCAUGGGCAUCAGGAGGGAUGGAGUCACUGCUCUGAGAUUAUACCUCCCCAGGGGCUUCUACCCAUUCACUUAAGCUUAAGAAGCAGAAGGACACCACAGCAAAGCCUCAGGCCUUUCACCCUCUUCAAGGCAUGAACAGAGAAUGACUAGUCCCUAGAGAAAGUUAACAUCCUGGUUUCCACUGUCUCCCUCCCAUCCUGUUACCUCACUUUGCAUCUUAUCAUGAUUUAUGUCAAUUAUUCAACCAACUUAAGUCUUCCUUCAUCCCUUGCUUUCCAAGCUUCACGAAGUUUUGUGCAUCUGCUAUUAUGACCCUUUUUCCUUUCCCUCCCCAAUUCCUGAAAGGUGUCUUCUGUUCUCUCUGGAAUUCUGGUUCAUCAACAGCUAACUUUAAAUCAUCUUUAAAAAUCUUUCCUGUUCGCUGAACUCUCCCUUACUUUCUUCUCUGUCCUUUCUCCUAAAACACACACACACACACACA